GUUCCGAUACAUCGAACCGUACCCAGGGUACCCUCCGAUAGUACCCUGGGGGACAUAGACCCUAUGAGCGUUACAUAGUAGUGUGUUGCAGAGUGGUACAAUACUUUGGAAAUGAACAAAAUCACUUGUAAGUUACAUCACAUCUGCAUUCCUUCGAAUAUUUGUGAUAUUCUUGUGUAAGAAGGACCAGGUAUACUUCAUGUUCUGAUCACUGGCUACAUCAUGCUGCAGUGAUCCAGCUUACUAAUGUCUAGUGGUAGCUAUGUGUAUAUGCGUGCGUGCGUGAGUCGGUGAGUGUAUAUAUAUAUAUAUAUAUAUAUAUAUAUAUAUAUUUGAAUCUUGGGUUUAUUUCGUGAUUAAAUUGUACAUAGUAAAUAAAAUUACAUAUUUAUCUCAUUCAACCCAAGUACAAAUUUAUAUUUUCAAUGUGUGUUAAUAAUAAUACAAUGUCAAUGGUUUGUUAAAUCAUAAUUAAUAUAAUCAGGGGUUCGUCAUAAUGUAAUGAAACAUCAGUGUUUUAUAUUGAAACAUAACCAUUGCAAGCAGUGCAACCUAAGCAUUUUAUAUCAAGUUUAAUAUAGGAUAGCAUUAAAUAUCCUUGCUGAUAGUGUUUUUCAGGUAUUACCUAUAAAAGCUAUGUUUUGGUUGACAGCACAAUGUGCAGCAGAUACAUAUAGUUCUUAUAUCUAAAACUGGAAGGCAAUUUUCUAUGGUAAUUAGUAUUAGUAUUAAUAUGAAGAAUCAAACUUAUUAAUAAACAUUUAAAGAUUAUUUUUGAGAAUUGGUAGUAGUUAUUUACGUCUAUAUAAUAUAUUGUGUAUCAAGCGGCAGGAAUAAAUGGAUGUUGAUUUUUACUGGAAAACGCGAUUAUUUGUGUAAUUUUUAUUAAGAAAUUCGCCACAAGGUGGCUCUCCCUCUGCAAUCAAAUUUAGUAAACAGUAACUACGGACGCCGGUGUGUAGUUCAUUUUAUAGAGUAGGUCAACAGUGUAAUCAAUAAGACAUCACAAGUUAUUAGUUUUUGUAGUAAAUUGUAGGACAGUUGCUCGCUCUUCUUCUGCUGUCAGAAACGGAAAUGGAAGACGUGUUAGUGGCACCAGAAAGUCUACACCCAGAUAAACUAUUAAAAGAGUUACAACACCUACGGUCGAAUCAAGUUGAACUUGAAGUAGAUGAAUGUUCACCAGUGGACUAUCUAGACAUUUUUAUUUUCCCUGUACUGCUGCCUGGACUGGAUGCUCUGAUCAGACAGGCUAUUGAAGAAAAAUGUUUCGAGAGAAAGAGGACAAAAUUUAAUGGCCUAGAUUUCCUGACAGAGUGGCUUUACAGGAACAAUCCCCGGCGGACUAACCAUGAAGACAUAUCCUUAGAAUCAAUCCCCUUUGUUAGGAGUUGGUUGAAAGAUCACCCACGACCAACUAUUCCCCUAUCCCUCAUAUGGAGUGAGGAAAAAGCAGCCACCGUUAUACAGUCUUAUUGGCGAGGCUUCCUGGUGCGCAAAGAGCCAGAAGUGCAGGAGUUACGACAGUACCAGCGAGAGAUGCGAGGCACGUCAGGUAUAAGCAUCCAAAUCAGCGACAGCAUCUUGCAAAUGUUUAAAAAGUCGGCAUGAGAACACAGACACACCAGUGGGUUGAUAGAAGCACGCACAUGGAUGCUGAAUUGCUCUUAGCCUGCAGACCACAUGAAACAACCCUGUAAUUCUGAUGAGACUUAAGUUGGGGUUAAAAAUACUGAUAGCAUUGUGCAUACAUUGUGCUGCACAUGACGAUCUACCCAGAGGUCUUUAUUCGUGGUAGUAACCUUGCCAUGUUAUCAUUGGGCCUGUAUCUCAAGAGAAUCAACAUUUACAGUGGUAUAGGAUUGAAGCAUACAUGUGAACUGUACGUAGAUUAUAU